AUGUCAAUUGGUGGUUUCGAUUGGCGUAAACGCUGCUUCCAUCAUCUUCUUCUUCUUCUAUUCACAUUCACUAUUCUUCACCGAGUCAGCUUGAACUCGGUGUCUGCGGUAUGCGAACUCAGUAUCAGUGACCACAACAAGCUCUACAACUACAGCUUAGCAUCCUCAAUUCCUAAAUUCCCCCAUGGCAUCCUCAGCGAAGAUGGGUUUUACAAGGUGGCGGUUAAUGAGACUGUGCUCAGAUUUCAGCUUUGUGAUGCAAUGAUUUUCAACCAUGAUCCACCUAUAUGUGUUGACUGCAGGGGCUGUGGUGGUUCAACACAUUGUGGCAUGGGUUGUAGUGCACUUGUCUCUGAAAACAUAGAAGGUUAUCAUGUAUGUACUACUAUUGGGCAAUCCUCAACCACGAUUAUUAAUCUGCUUGACAAAAAGAAUCCCCAGAUUGGUGUCAUUGUUAACAUGUCAAAUAUUGGCCUGAAGCAAAACUGUUCACUCUCUGUGUCUGUUUUCUGUGAUUCAAAUGGAGUUCAAGUACCUCAGACACUGGUACAAUUUGGCAGAUGUGAUUAUGCUACAUUGAUAAGGCAUCCUGCUGGUUGUGCCAAGAUUGAUUCCGCUCAUGGAAAAGGAUGGGGCUGGUUUACUAUAUUCGUAACCCUAAUCUUAUGCCUCUUUGGAGGUUAUCUGCUGGUUGGUACAGUGUAUCGAUCCUUCUUCCUUGGCAUUCGUGGUAUAGAUAUUAUUCCAAACUUGGAAUUUUGGGCCAGCUUACCUCAUAGAACACAGAGUUUUUGUAUGUCUUUAGUACGGAGAUUUACAGGACCUUCUCAAGGCUACCGAAACUCCUAUUCUCCGAGGCCACAUGCUCUGUUCAGUAGCGAUAACCUAAUUCAGGUGUAUAUUAUGCUGGCCUCCUUCCUAUCAGAAUCAGAUUUAAAUCUCAGGGGUGAAGAGUCUGCAGGUUUGAAUUAG